AUGGCAGCGACCAUCAAUUCUCUACAAGAACGACAGGACCAGCCAAAAGAAUACCCAGUCUUGUGGUGGACAAAGUGGUUCGGAGAAACCAUCGAGGAGGGCCGGGUCAUCAACUUUUGUGGACUGCCUUACACCUGCAGGUUCACUCUGGAUCGGACAAAGUACGAUGAGGCCAAGGUCAUCAUCGUCCAUGCCUCUAGCUUCGAACCCAACGAUGUCCCUAAUCUCCGGGAUGUCAAGUCUGGCAAGAAAGCUCUUGUUCUCAACACUGCCGAGGCGCCUCAAGACUAUAUGAUCAACUCAAAGUGGACGGAUAUCUUUACUCAUCUAUGGUCAUACGAAUUCACCGCGGACUUUGUGCAUACUUACUUCAUAUCCGGACGAGGACCAGGAACAUUCAUCAACUCCAUCCUCGCCAAACCAAUGUACACCAUACAGGAAAAGAACAUCUUUCGGAAGGAUUUGGCACCUGUCGCAUGGAUCGUCAGCAGCUGUAAGGCGAAGAACGGUCGCCACAUUUAUAUCAACCAGCUGUUGAAGUACAUUAAAGUCGACAUCUAUGGAAAAUGCAUGAAGAACAAGGACUGGCCAGUGCAUCCAGAUGGACGGGAGUAUACAGACUUAGAGGUUGUGGGACAGUACAAGUUCUACCUGAGUAUCGAAAACUCAAACUGCGACGAUUACGUGACCGAAAAGCUGGAUCGCCCUUAUGCCGUUGGAGUCGUACCCAUCCUAGACGGACCCAAGGAUUAUUCUCGCUUCAUUCCAACCAACCACUCCUCUCUCCGACUAGACGACUUUGCAACACCAAAGCAACUCGCUCUCCGCAUUAAUCAACUGGAUCAGGACGACCGGGCUUACAUGAGAUAUCUGGACUACAAGGACUCAGAGUCAUUACUCAGCCCGAAGCUGCUCGAGACCUGGGAUCCUCCACAGGGAACUUGGGGACCUGACGGAUCGGGAUCACGUUGCGGUGUCUGCAAAUUGGCGCAUGACAUGGCCGAAGGCACUUAUGAGUAUAACCCCAAGAAAGUCAUUGGUCCCGACACAACUUGCUACUUUAAAAAGUGGGUGUAUAUCAGCUGGGUCGCCGAGUUUUAUUGGUGGAUGAUCGUACUGGCGGUGCUUGGUAUUUUCGCCGCUAUCACUGUUGCCAUUGUCUGCAGUAAAAGUUACAGGGCAAGGAGGUCUUUCCAGGCACUCAAGUACAACUUGACACCUAGCAGAUGGAGAGAGAAAAGGAUGGCGGAUGGUAGCAGGAUAACUGAAGAAUAUCUGCUUCUGGCAUCGAAAACUGAUUAG